AUGUCGCUCGCGGAGGAGCUUAUGGCUGAUUUUGAAGAAGACGAUGCAGAUGAACUGGAACAGGCCAUGGAGGCUAUCAAAAAUGAAGACGACAUCGAAGAAGCAACCGAAGUCGUAGCUGGGAAAGCGACUAUAGAUUCUGAUAUACCGAUUGUUUUGCGAAUGACAUUAACCGAGCGAGAACUAUUAGGACAAAUUCUAGCUCCAGCAACAUGCAUUGUGGUCUCUGUAACGGCGUCGACCACGCAAGGAAAGUCUUUGGAACCAGAUGAGCUCAACGUUGUGAGAGAAGCAUGUGAUUUGGCGGAGAAAUUGCAUACGGACAGAAUUUCAAUGUAUCGUCUGGUUGAACUUCGCAUGGCCUUGAUCGCUCCUAAUCUCGUCCAUUUACUCGGAGCUGCUACUACCGCGCUUUUGGUGUCACAAGCAGGAGGAUUGGCACCGUUAUCACGGAUGCCAGCUUGCAAUAUCCAAGUUUUGGGUAGGCAAAGAAGGUCGCUGGCUGGGUUUUCAUCGACCUCUGCUUUGCCCCACGCUGGAUUUGUAUAUUUCCAUCCCCUUGUCCAAUCAAUGCCUCCUGAUUUGAAAGCAAAAGCCGCCAAGAUUCUAGCCGCUAAGUGCACUUUGGCGGCGCGGGUUGAUUCGCUUCAUGAGUCUCCAAAUGGUGCAAUUGGAAUCAAUCUUCUCGAGCAGGUACGUAAUAAAAUGGAGAAAUUAAUGGAACCUCCACCAGUAAAAGCUAAUAAAGCCUUGCCCAAACCGCUGGAUAAAGCUAGUAAGAAACGAGGAGGACGCCGUGUUCGUAAGAUGAAGGAAAGAAUGGGCAUGACUGAUCUGCGGAAGAGCGCUAAUCGUAUGAACUUUGGAGAGUUAGCAGAAGACGUUUUACAGGAUCAUUUGGGCUUCGAUUUGGGACAGGUUCGCUUGCCUACUGCUGCUCGGUUUUAUUCAAAACAUCUAGCCACUAAGAGUUUGAUCGACCGCUCAGUUCUCAGUUGA